AUGCGCACGAACCCGAACAUCAUCAUAACGGGCACGCCCGGGGUCGGCAAGACGACGCACUGCGAGGUGCUCGCGGAGCGGACGGGCCUGCGGCACGUGUCGGUGAACGAGGUGGUCAAGGACAAGGGUUGCCAUGAGGGGUGGGACGACGAAUUCCUGAGCUGGAUCGUGGACGAGGACAAGCUGCUGGACGCGCUAGAGGAGGACAACGUCAAGGCCGGCGGCUGCAUCAUCGACUGGCACGGCUGCGAGAUCUUCCCCGAGAGCUGGAUCGACCUGGUCGUGGUGCUGCGCGUCGAAUCGAGCACGCUAAAAUACCCCGAGGCGAAGCUGCAGGAGAACCUGGACGCGGAGAUCAUGGAGGUGCUGCUGCAGGAGGCGCGGGAGGCGUACGAGGAGCAGAUCGUGGUGGAGCUCAGCAGCAACACGACGGACGAGAUGGAGGCCAACGUCGACCGGAUCGAGGCGUGGGUCCGGCAGUGGAAGUCGGAUCGCCGCGGCGGCGGCGGCGGCGGCGAGGGUGAGGACGGAGAUGAGGAAGAGGACGGAGGAGGAGGAGGAGAAGGGAAAUAG